UGAUGGUUGGACACAUGGUGGUUAGGUGAGAGGCAAAACCACAAACAUCUUUUGCAUCAAAAUUUCUUCGAUUCAAAGUUAUAUGUCAAUCAACAAUGCCGUAUAUGAUUAAUCCACAAUUCUCAGUACUCACUGCUACUAAUAAUGCUCGAUCCAAGUUCUUGUCCUUCAGCGGACGCGAUCGAUUUCUAUAACAUUUCAUUGUUCGAGUGAAUCGAAUUUCAAUCACUCUUCCGCUGUACAUUUCAAUUUCUUCCACUCUGCAAAUUCCAUGGCAUUUCCCAGAACCCAGAAGCCAAAACCCAAACCCAGAUCCCCACUCAUCUUCUUCUUCGUUGCCCUAGCCGCCAUUGCCUUUCUUUUCCUCUUUUCCUCACUGGUUUCUACCAAUGGGGCUUCUUCUUUUUCAUCCUCGAAUUCAAUUCAGAAAAUCUUCAGAUUCAAGAAUCUGACCCAGAAACAGAGACGUAAUCGGCAUGUUUUUAGUGUAAAUGACAAGUUCUUGUACUGGGGCAACAGAAUCGACUGCCCGGGCAAGCACUGCGAAUCUUGUGAGGGUUUGGGUCACCAGGAAUCCAGCUUGAGGUGUGCCCUUGAGGAAGCCAUGUUCCUCCAAAGAAUAUUUGUAAUGCCCUCUAGAAUGUGUAUCAACCCUAUACAUAAUAAGAAAGGGCUUCUUCAUCAGUCCACCAAUGCAAGCUCAGAGGAAAGUUGGGAAGCAAACUCUUGUGCCAUGGACUCUUUGUACGAUAUGGACCUUAUAUCUGACACUGUACCAGUGAUUUUAGACAACUCAAAAUUAUGGUAUCAGGUGCUGUCAACUGGUAUGAAAUUAGGAGCUAGAGCAGUUGCCCACGUUGAGCAAGUUAGUCGUCUUGAACUCAGAGACAACAGCCGCUACUCCGAUCUUCUGCUAAUAAAUCGAACUGCCAGCCCUCUUUCAUGGUUUAUGGAAUGCAAGGACAGAAACAACCGCAGUGCCAUAUUGUUGCCCUAUAAAUUUCUUCCUUCUAUGGCAGCAGAAAACAUGAGGGAUGCAGCUGAGAAGAUUAAAGCGCUACUUGGUGAUUAUGAUGCCAUCCAUGUUCGUCGCGGAGAUAAAAUAAAGACCAGAAAGGACAGGUUUGGUGUUGAUAGAAGCUUACAUCCACAUCUCGACAGGGAUACACGGCCCGAGUUUAUGCUAAAGAGAAUAGCAAAGUGGGUUCCGGCAGGGCGGACACUUUUUAUUGCUUCAAAUGAGAGAACUCCUGGAUUUUUCUCGCCCCUCUCUGAUCGGUACAAGUUGGCUUAUUCCUUGAACUAUAGUAGUAUUCUGGAUCCUGUGGUUAAGAACAAUUAUCAGUUGUUCAUGAUCGAACGGCUCAUUAUGGCAGGUGCUAAGACAUUCAUCAGAACAUUCAAAGAAGACGAUACGGAUCUAAGCCUCACCGACGACCCAAAGAAGAACACAAAAAUAUGGCAAAUACCUGUCUACACAGCUGAUGAAGAAAGAAGGUGAGGAAUUGUUGCCCAGUUAUUUCUCUGGGAAAAUGUCUUGCAGAGAUCUUUUUGAUCCACCAACAAAAGCCUUUCCUUGUUCAUUGAAAAGCAUCAUAGUGAAGAUAAGAAUGUUUUAGGAAAGGCAGAUGCUUGGCCGAUGUAAAUGUGUGGCAUAAAUUGGUUUCUGAAUUUCAUUAGUUCCAUUUGUUUAGUAUACCCCCCUUAAUUUCGUGACCAGUUUUGUGUUUUGUUUUGUUUUGUUUUUUUGUUUUUUUUCUUUGUUCUUUUUACAGAAAUAGUUUACUACCAUUUUUUAAAUCACGUUUAUAUGAA